CGAUUAAAAUAUUUGCGCUGGUAUCCCUGUAGCGCGGGACUCUUCUUCAAAACAAACAAUUCGCUGCGAAAUACUUUUCGUUGUCACUUAUUUACGUAAGACAAGCAUAGCAUUUAUUUCGUAGUUCGGAUCAGCUACAGAUAUGGAACCCGGUAGGAUUCGGAAGUUAGAUGAGACCGUGGUAAAUCGCAUAGCAGCUGGAGAGGUUGUCCAAAGGCCUGCGAAUGCCUUGAAGGAAAUGAUCGAAAACAGCCUUGAUGCAAAAUCAACUCAAAUUCAGGUGACAGUGAAACAAGGAGGCUUAAAGCUCCUACAGAUCCAAGAUAAUGGGACUGGAGCCAGCUUGUAUAUAUGAGCUUGCAAUGAUGGCACUAGAGUUAGAGGAUAGUGGAUGGUCUGAAGCAGAUGGACCAAAGGAAGAGCUGGCUUCAUAUAUUGUAUCAUUACUGAAGUCCAAGUCACUCAUGCUGGAUGACUAUUUCAGUUUAAAAAUUGAUGAAGAUGGCAAGAUCAUUACCCUUCCCUAUUUAUUAGAUGAAUAUGUUCCGGGCAUGGAAGGCUUACCUAUGUAUGUACUGCGACUAGCAACAGAAGUGGACUGGGAGAGUGAGCAAGAAUGCUUUCAGACUUUCUGUAGAGAAACUGCCAAAUUUUUCAGUAUACGCCAGAAUAGCUUACCAAAUGAUGAGGGAUGUGAGCGAGGAUGGCAGUGGAUGGUAGAGCAUGCCCUGUAUCCUGCAAUGAGGAAGACUCUGCUUCCUCCACAGCACUUUGCCCAAGACACAACUUUUCUCCAAAUUGCUAAUCUAACAGAAUUGUAUAGAGUGUUUGAAAGAUGCUGAUUUUUUAAAUGAAAAAAGGAAGGCAUUUGUAAAUAUGACCAGAAGACUUGUACAUGUACAGAUUGGGGAGAUGCUACAGUUCUCUUGGAGCACAGCUUGUAGUUUUUAGCUGUAAAGAAUCCAUAGUGACUCCCAGUCCAAUAAUAUCAAGAGGACAAUAGGACAAAUAGAUAAUGAACCAAUUUCCCAUAACCAAGAAUACCUCCCUCUGUGUAAUAUAAAAGAAAAGGAUGAAUGGAUAUUGAUCUACAAUGUAGAAUGAUAUGGUUUAUUAAAAGAUAAAAUGA